UGUCAGUUGCUCUCUGAAUUCGCUUUUUUGCUGGCCACAUUGGAUUGAUCACCUGACGACCGGACGACCGGACGACCUGACGACCUGCAUGACGUGCGAUUGAAUGCCGGCAGCAAUCAAACAGGAGCAGCAAUAAGAGAGGAGGAGGAGGAGAAGCAGGCGGAUGAAGAGGACAUGGAUUUCAGCUUGGACUACAGGCAUGUCUCGGAUGUAAUUGCCAACUAUGAGCAGCUGUCAACGGGCAAGGAAACAGUGUCAAAAUUGAUGGAGGAAAGAAGUGUUAAGAGCCAGGACGAAAUAAAGGAAGAGGAUACAAUGCAGGAACAGGAGAAAAAAAGGGAGUUGCAGACAGAGAAGGAGCAACAAAUACAACAGGAUAAGAAGAAGGAACAGCAGUUUGAGAUGGAGAAGCAGGCGGAGCACGAACAGGAGAAGACGGAACAGCAUAUGGAACAGAAUGCAGUGGAGUCCUCCAGCUGUCAGCACGAGCCUGCUGCUGCUGACAUCCUGGGCAGCUGGUGUGCCGUUUGUGGUGAGUGUCGGGACUCGCCACAUGGUUGGGGCAAGCUCAACAAGGCGGAUCAGUGGCGCUUUGAUAAUCUGCAGAAUGAACCGCUGGCCAAUUAUAAAUCCACCUACGAGAUACGCAGUCCUUAUGUGUCCCGACAGAUCUCCUGGGAGGACACACAACAACAACAACAGCAGCAACAGCCAAAGGAGCAGCUGCAACGUCAAUGCAGCGUUGUUGAGAUUGUGACCACACCACUUUCGCUUUCACCUCCUCCUGCUCCUGCUCCUGCUCCAGCUCCUGCUCUUCCUCUACCUCUCUCUGCAGACGCCAAGGAGUGGCAGCUUAGUCGCUCUCCAAGUCCUUUGCCCCUGCGCAAAUAUCCUGCGCCUUUGAUUGACACCGCACAACGUUGCAGCUCGCCCUUUGGCCUCAAUGCAGUGCAAGCCAGAGCCACGCCCACGCCCACUCCCACUCCCAGUGCCAUGGAAGCCAAGUACACGCAUGUGCCACAAUUGGAGGGACACAAUAUUGGACUUCUUGUGCGCACCGCCACCGAACCGUUGCAACUCUGCAUGUCCGCCUCAUCCUCCAUGCUGGCGGCCACGCCCCCUGCCACGCCCCGCUGCAACUCGCAGCCGCCGCCCUUUGACUUCCUCAUGCAACAUGGUCUCGGUCCUCAGGCUGAGUUCCAAUCGAUUGCAGCCAGCGAGGAACUGCCUCAAUCCACGCGCGAGUUCAACGUUAAUCGAUCCUUCGAUAAUGUAUCGCCACGCCCCUAUAUAGGCAUUGAAGGUGCGUGCAAAUCCAUGUGCUCUAACUGUGACUGUGACUGUGAUUGUGACUGUGACUGGCAUGCACCUAGCGCAGUUUGUGUCCUCCACUCUCAUGUGUAUUUAAUCCAACUGACUCGAAUCAAACGGAACUAACCAAUAUUUGUACCU